AAGCAAUCGGCGAAUUAUUUUUUUUAUAUGUACAUAUAAUAGUGCUGAUAAUAAACUAGGUAGAUUGCAUACGUGAAAAAUAAAUCAAAGAUUGUAUGACGUAUACACAAGUUACGUUGUUGAGUAUUGAAGAACCCCUUUUAUAUUAAUAGUCUAGUGACUGUGAUGAGAGUGGUGCCUACAUCUCAUAUCUAGUAAAGUAUAGGUACACUAUAUAUGUAUAUAUAUCGGACAAUGAGGGACGUGAAGAGAUAAGAGACGGAUAAAAGUGAAAUAGAGAGUGACGAGGGAGUGAGAGAAAAAUGGAGAAGGGAGACCUUAAAAUGUAAUGAUAGAUAUGAGGACAGUACAGGAGAUCGUAGUCCCCAGCACGUUGUUUCAGUUUAAGUUUGCCAUGGGUACCACUUGUUACACGUAUAAAUUUUAUAGUUUUUAUAUUUUUUAUUAGCUAUAUCACUUUAUCAUCUUAAAAUAUCCCUUAUUAGUGAAUCCCGUUUUUGUAUCUCUUUAAACUCGAAUCACUUCUUCGGUUUAUGUUAACUAAUAAAUUUCAUAAUUUCGCUAAUUAAUUUUUGUAAUUUGAAUAUUCAAAUUUUAUUUAUCUUUUUUUAAUUCGGUAACGAACAAAUGAUAAAUAAAUUUUUUUAUUAUUAAUAUUAUUAUUAUUAUUAUUAUUAUUAUUAUAAUUAUUAUUAUACUGGGAACAUAAAAGAAAUGAUGUAUCAACCCGCGUACUGAAGCCGGAUGUCGGAGGUUGCAGUGAUUCGAUUGAUUCGUUGAAGAGUGCCCGUGGCUACGGCCGAACUUCCGAGUGCCGCUUUACCCCGGCCAAUAUUCGCGCUCCUUAUAAAUAAUUAUACUUUAUUUACAUGUGAGGUGACGUGAUUGUUUGGUUCAUGCAUUAAUUUUUAUAAUUAUUAAGGUACAUAUUAAUUAAUAAUUAAAUCAAGAGAUGGAAUUUUAAUCUUUGAAAAUUUUCAUUGAGUCUCCAAUGAAUCUGGACCGCCGCUUCUCCAUAUCAUCAAAAUAACAGUUUUACUUUAAAACCCGAUCCUCAUAACGUCGCUGAUAACAUUAAUUAUAAAUAAAUAUUUAUAAAAAUGAUAGAAACAACGAAAAAUUUCAACAUGACCGACAACAAUGGUUGACAUACAAUAAAAAAUUUUAUCAAACAUAAAUAUGUGAAAAAUUAUUUUAUUAAUAAUUAACAAUUAAAGUGCAUUUAAUUAUUUAAGAAAAAUAAAUAUAUAUUUAUAUAUAUUUAUAUCAAUAAUUAAUAAAUAGUGAAUUCAGUUAUAAUUUUACUAAUGAAAGUGCGUGCGUCCAGAACGCUAAAAUAAUUGCUUUGAUGACGAGACGGACGAGAAAUUAUUUUUAUAUUUUUUAGCUGAUUUACAAUCAGAAUAAUUUAUUAACUGAAGAUAUAAAAUUUGAAUUAUUUGAAAUAAUAAAUUGCCGCGCAAAAUGUUGUUUCUUAAAGUAUUGAAUAAUAGUUGAAAUUUUACUAAACACUAUUUAGUAUUCAGUAUAUCAAUAAAAAAAGAAAGUUAUCGCAUCGUAUAGUGUAGGAUCCAAUUUAAGUACUGAUAGGGAUUCAAGUGCACUAAGUAGUGACGGUCUUCUAUUCCGAGACUUAACAAACUUUGUACUGUGAAAAUUAAGACUUAAUUUUAAAAUAAAGUCGUAAACUCGAUAAGCGAAGACGAAUUGCUAAAAGAUAAAGUUAAAUAAUAAAUAUAGUGAUGAAAUAAAUGAAUGAAAGGAAGAAGUACAAAACGAAAAAGAAGAAGAAGUGAAUAGUUGUAGUGACAAGUUGGUAGGAGGAUGAACGGUGGACAUGCCAUCUGAUCUAAGACAAGAUUCAAUAAACGACCUGUCGUUGAACGUGACGAGAGCACACUUACCUCUCGCCCUGAAACAAUGAGCUCCAUAGACUUUGAUGAGGUCUUGGUGCAUGUGGGUGAGAAGGGCCGAUAUCAAAAUAUCAUGUAUUAUUUGCUCUGUAUACCGGCUACACUACCAGCGGCUUUUCUGGCCUUUUCUCAGGUAUUUGUAAGUGCAUCACCUGAUCAUUGGUGCAGGAUACCGGAGUUAGAAAAUAUAACAAGUUUUAUGACACUAGACGAACGUAAAGCGUUAUCGUUACCCUACACCGUAAGGUCAGACGGCAGACGUCAGUACUCGAGGUGUUUCAUGUACGACGUAAACUACACGUCUAUUAUUGAAGAAUGGUUACACCAAGUUAAUUAUUUAGCCAACGACGGUAUUUCAACCGCUAAAUUUCCAACCCCCGUCAGUAGUGUCGACUGGCCGAUCACCAAGUGUCUGUACGGAUGGAAUUAUGAUCGGCGGGACUAUGACAGCACUCUUGUCACAGAGCUAGAUUUGGUAUGUGACAACAGUUGGCUGCCAUCCACAUCCACAACAUUCUUCUACGUUGGAAGUCUAUUUGGUAACGUUGUAUUUGGAUGGAUUGCUGACAAAUGGGGUAGAAGAACUGCAUUCUUUGCUAUACUAUUUCUAGAAGUUAUAUUUUCAAUUGCAACGAGUUUUAGUCCUAAUUAUGUUGUAUAUACAGCACUUAGAACUGUCAAUGGCCUAUUUUUUCCUGCCAUUUAUCAAAUACCAUUCAUUCUUGCAUUGGAAUUAAUGGGUCCAAGGUACAGAACAUUUGCAGGAAUGGUUAUUUGUAUGUUUUUUGCUACCGCCAUGUGUCUUCUUGCGUUGCUGGGAUAUCUUUUGCGAAAUUGGUUUUCGCUGUCUUUGGCAACGUCGGUACCUUUUAUUUUACUAUUUAGCUACUGGUGGAUAAUACCGGAAUCUCCACGAUGGCUUCUCAGUAAAAAUAGGAUAGAUGAAGCCGAAGUUAUUGUACAACACAUGGCCCGUGUUAAUAGAAAAACAGUUCCAACAAAUUUUUUACGUAAAAUAGAGAUGGAAACUUUAAAAAAACGUGGAAUUUCGUGUAAUGGUAGAAACUCAAGUGAAUUAUCAAUGGAGAUGCAAACAAACGAAGACAGGCCACCGCCACCAUCGGCAACACCAAUGGACAUAAUUAAAAAUCCAAAUAUACGUAAAAAAUUUUUCAUACUUGCAUUUGAUUGGGUCGCUAACGCCGUUGUUUAUAAUGGCCUUUCAUACAAUACGACAAAUCUUGGUGUCUCGGACUACCUCGCAUUCUUCAUCGGUGGUAUUGUUGAAAUACCUUCAUAUGUUAUUACAUGGUACGCCAUGGACAGACUGGGAAGACGAUGGGUUUUAUGUCUUACAAUGCUGCUUGGUGGAGUUGCAUGUGUCUCUUGUAUGUUUGUACCCGAAGAUGCAGUAUGGGUAACAGUAUCAUUAGCAAUGAUUGGUAAAUUUGGUAUAGCAGCAUCAUUUGCUGUAUUUUAUGUAUUUGUUGGUGAAUUAUUACCAACUGUAUUACGUUCUCAAGCAAUGGGAAUCGCCUCAUUUAUUGCUGGAAUUGGUUUACUAACAUUUCCGUACAUCGUACAUUUAGCAGUAUACUCAAGAGUUUUACCACUUAUUGUAAUGGGUUCGCUGAGUGUCGCCGGUGCACUUACGUCUGUUUUUUUACCGGAAACUCUCAAUAUACAUUUACCACAAACAAUCGAGGAAGGUGAACGAUUUGGAGCUGAUUUUAAAUUAUGGUCUUGUCCAACAUUACCCAAAAGUUCAUCCUCGAGUAAGCGAAGAAAACCAUCUUUAUCAUUAAGAUAUUUAGUCAAUGGUCGACCAGGAAACCGUAGAAGGUCGAGUGUAAAAAUAACGUCCGAGACAACUGGACAACAACAACAACAACAACAAUUACAAGAACAAGAAACUGGUGAAAAAACAGCCCGUGUAUUAAUAGACGCGAGUGACGAUGAACUUGAGCACUUAAAUGCUGCCGAUAAAACUAUUAAAGAAUUUAGAAAUAGUAACGAAAUAGACGAUGAAGAGGAUGAAGAAGAACACGCUGAAAUAGUUGUUGAAGUGUCGCGAUAAUCAACGUGAUUGAUAUUAAUUAUAAUAUUGAUAUUAAUAUAUAAAUAAUUAUUAUUAUGAUUAUGAUGAUGAUACUGAUGAUGAUGAUGCUGGUGAUUGUGUGUUAAAUUAUUAUAAUAAGUUUGUAUUAUAAUAUCUGUAUAGGCACGCAUUGUAUUUAU